AACUGAUUUAUUUACUCACACCAAAUUAAAAUUUAAUGAAAAUUCAAUUGGAUUUUUAUUUGAUUUAUAAUUACCCACAUUCGUGUUUCGCCUUUUGAAAUAAAUUGUUUUAAAUGAUAAAAAUUGUAUGACGGUAAAUUUUUACCAGAUAUAAUUGUGAAGUAAAGACAAAUAAAUACAGAAUUUACUAUAAACACAUUCUAAAAUUAAACUGAUCUUAACAGAGAUGUGACAAAGUAAAAACUUGAUCGUUGAUGCUUAGAUUAUUUCACCUGGUAAACUAAAUUUCCCUCUAAGGGUAAGGUAAGGGUAGGGUAAGGUAAAAAAAGUUCCCACGAUUAAAUAUGAUCAUAAGACAAUAUCCAAUAUUUCACGACUUUCGUUUGUAGGCUAACGAAUGAGUAAUUUAGCUUUCCCCAUCCGGAUCGAACCAAUUUUAUGUUUGUUUUGCACAGCUUUCUACCAAACCAUCUUCUUCAAACGGAUGUUAAGGUACGAAGCUAAGUAGCUACCAACUACUUUAAUAUCGCACAUUGUAAGCUGAUGCUUGUUUCCACCAUGUGUGCCGAAUACAUUACAAUUAAAUCAGCUUUCAAUUGGUUCUUAAACAGUUCUUCGUUGGUAUGCUAGAAUAUAUUUUAUCUGAAAAGAUCGCAGAAUGAAGAUUGCUUCCAUUAUACACCAUCCACUACGGUCAACUUCAUUUAAAAAAGGCACAAUUUUCAAUCACUAUGCAAUGAAAAAUCGAAAAUAUUCCUUCACCAAACGGUUGAUUUAUGAAAAUUGGAAAAAAAAUUGCAAUCAAUUCCCACGUUCGAUUCCGAACUCAUUAUCGUUAGUCAACACAAUUUCCGUACCGUCAGUGUGCUGUUCAUUUUUGCCGGCAUGGAAAAUAACAUACAACCGAAAAAUCGACAGCCAAUUUUGUUGUUAUUUCGCCAAAAAAAAAAGUCGCCAUGCUUGUAAGGUUUCGGUGCUACGCGUACAGGUCCAAUUUAAACCCCAAAACCUUUUGUUUGUUCCUUUUCCACUCGGUUUGCUGUACUCACCGCAGCAUUAAUCAUCGGGUCCUGGCGCCUACACUUUAUUUCAGCAAGCUCUAAUUAAUUGUCUGUAUCUUCUUUUUUUUAUUGCAGCUUCCCGGGUAGCAAUCAUCCGAACCGAACGACCGAACACAAGUUGAGAACGAGAGCACCAACUAAUUUUAGUUACUAAAUUCGUUGCCGAUGGUGCGACUAGCGGAAGGAAGCGAUCAAACCGAAAGGAAGCAAGUCUUUAACCUCAAACCCACACCGAAGCGUUUUAAACCUCGUACGAAUCAGUUACGUCCAACCAAAACACAGAAUUGAGUUGUUGUUGCCCGAAAGGAUACUUCUAAAACUUUGAAACAGGGCGAAACGUUCUAGCUUCAUCAUGGUAACCAUUAGACAUCUAUCCCGGCCGAUGGCACUCGGUACGAUACUGCUGCUAGUACUGGUCGGCAUCUAUCCGGCGCAUUCAUCAGGAAUCACUGAAAAUCACACCACCACCUCGCACCCGAACGAGCUGGAGGAAUUUGAGAGUGCCUUGACGGAUUACGUGGGUGAUUGGUUUAGCCGAAAUUCAAAGGAUUUAAUUGAAACUGCGUUCCCGAAAGAACGGUCCUCCGGGCCAAGCAACUCGUCCGCAUCGCUCAGUAACUUUGACCGUGCUAUCAUCAAGGGAGUAGCUCGGUUUCUUGGUACAGCCGCAGACGUUGCUCAAAGCCGUGCAUCGGCAAAGGCACCCGAGACGGGACGAUUGUUUUUCUUCAAAGGGAUGAAGAAACUGCUCUGGCCGGUCAUGAUAGGACUGCAGAUUGUUAAAACCGUUCUGAUUAUGAUGUUCUUGCCAAGCAUCAUCGGUUCACUAGGCAAGAUAGUGGGCAAAGGGCUCUCGUCGGUUUCGGGGCUGUCCCAUCCAGUGCAGACGGUGGACGACUUAGACUUCAAGGAUACCACGUCAUACAAUGCGGAUCAUGACUUCGGCAUGAAUGAUGCUUAUCUGCCUCCGGAUGAUGCCCACCCAUCGGGGACGAGCUACAACUCGAUCGUUUACGAUCCGGCGGCAAUGGGUACCCACAGUAACGCAGCCAACGCUCUAUCACGUCUCGGGUAUGGUGGUGGUCGUGUUACAUACGUCGGCCCAUCCAUGGCCCAGGCAGUGAACCGACGGAAGCAACAAUCGGCAAAGAAUGAUUUUAAAAUAUUCCACGAUAUUCCGAGCAGCAGUUUACUCUUGACGAACUACGAUCCGUUCUACAGUCCGCUGUUGUCCCGGCUGGAUGCGAUUUUUGCGCAAAUGGGACUAUCCAACAAGGAGGAACAAUGCCGACAACGGCUCGUCUGCCUAAUGUACGCCAAUCCGGCGAAAUAUGCACCGUACAGUAAUCUCAUCUCGGCGCAACUGAGCAGGGAACUGGAUGAGCUUCGCAAACCGACCAACGAUAAUCCGGACAUUCUGCGAUUCUUCAAGUACAUGAGGGCGGCCAAAGAUGGCCAGGACGGAGUGGACUGCGAUGCACACUACAAGGACUGCAUCGGUUACAAGGAUCUAUCGAACCCGGCCAUGGUUACCACGUUCAACGAUAUCAACAAACUGGUGCAUGCCCGCAAACUGUAGGAAGACCGAUUUGAAAAGGAUAGAAAGAUUUCAAACCCUCAAACGCCAUCCGCCCAUACGGCCAAUGGAGGAUUGUUUAUUCUCCAAUAUUUGCCCUCUACCACUUUCACGGCGUGCAACACAAUUUUGCAGCUGAUAAAACAAACGCGAAUCAAUUUCCAGGCCAGCUAAUUCAUGCUGGCACACGAAAGCAGAUGGUGGCGGGUACAGUACGUGAAUGAAUCAUCGCUUAUUUACUUACUACACUAUGAAGUAAAUGAAGCUUCUCUUCUCUUACUAACUGCAACUGCGCUGGGCAGUUACUAGUGGAACUUAAAUGGCUUUACCAAUCCUUCUUUCCCUACGGAAAUCCUUACUCUUCCAAGAAUAUUGAUGCGUGAAUUUAUUUACGAAGCUAUUUAUUUAUUUAUUUAAAUUAUUUAUUUAUUUAUUUAGAGCUACUAUUUGACGCUAUUUAGUUGGGGAAGCGUAAGUUGGAAAAAAAACUUGUCUGUUUGCGCUAAAAUUUAAAGCGUUGUGUACAGGUUGUGUAUGUAGUUAGUAGACAUGUUGGCCACCCAUGUUUGUGGGUCUCGAGCGAAAGAAGAAAUGUGCACCGUGGCAUUAUAAUUAAGAAGAACGAUGAACUAAACAAUGAAGCAUCCGUGAAAACGUGAAAAAAUGGAAUGUUCUACCCUUCCCGGUGAUGGCGAUUCCACCGAGUGAACAGGAGCUGAUGGUUGAAGGACAAAGUUUGAACGAAAAAAAAACAAACAAACAAACAAACAGCAUCAAAGUAGAAUAACAUAACGAACGUCAGGGAUGUGGCUUUUCGGUAGGUAUCGUAGCACACUCAACGUUGCAUGUAAAAUAUAGUAGUCGUUCAAACACAGUGACAGAGACCGAACGGAUGCUAGAAUGUAGGAUGGGAUUUGAGCGAAGGUGUGCUGUUAGCGUGUAGAGUAAACGAGGAGAAAAGAAUGCCGAAUGUUCUGUGGAGUAGUGGACGCACACGAGCAGUCGAGAGAACAAUAAAGAGUCUCACGUGAGAAGAUGCUGCUUUUCA